AUCUAAUCAUGGCGAGUUUUUCUCGUAUAUCGCGAAAAUUACUUAAAAGCACAAAUUUCUCAACAUUUCUUGUUCGUAAUAAUAGUUUUGUAAAACAGAAUGAUUACAAAAAUGUGUGGACUGCGUGUGCUUGUUUUAUCAGUGGUAGUGUUCUGUUAUAUGCUGCUAAAAAUAGGUAUGGACGACACACAGUUUACGCGCUCAAAGCUAAGCAACCCGACGAACUGGUGAAAUCGGUGAAAUUGACGUCUCGGGAACGGCGGUUCAUCAAAUUUGCAAGUGUGGAGUAUGGAGGACAGCUAUAUAUGACCCCUCAGGAUUUUUUGGAGUCGGUGGUCGAGCAGGAACCUCGCCCUCGCCUAAAACGACGCGUGCUCAGCGCUAAAGAGAUUGAACAGCUGCGCGACUCAACACCGCAAUUGAAACGAGGCUCGUCACAAAUGUUUCGCAAUAUGAGAGAUAAAGGAAUAAUUUCAUACACGGAAUACCUGUUUCUACUCUCGAUUUUGACAAAGCCAGCAUCCGGUUUCCAGAUCGCCUUCAAUAUGUUCGAUACUGAUGGCAACCAAAGGGUGGAUAAGAAUGAGUUUCUAGUCAUUCAACGGCUGCUCGGUGGUUCAGUGAAGGAAAGAAAAGAUUUGGACACGUACACUCAACGGGCACUGCUUUCUCUAGUUUCUGCGAACUCGCUCAAAAAUAGAGAAGAGACGAAACCGGCUCAACGUUCGAUCAUGGAAAAGAUAUUUAGUUUCGCUUGGCGAGACAAACGCGGGAUCAACGAGGACGAUAAAGAGGAGAAGAAUGAAGAAAAGAAAGGGAAAGAGGGCAAGGACCCCCAAGACAAUUACAUCAAUGAUGAUCAGGGACUUCAGAGGAGGCACAAUGUGGACACGAUGCUUCAGGUGCAUUUCUUCGGUAAGAAAGGCAACAGCGAUCUGAAGUUUGAAGGUUUUCGCCAGUUUAUGGAGAAUUUGCAGACGGAAGUGUUAGAGCUUGAAUUUCACGAGUUCUCUAAAGGCCACGAGACAAUAUCAGAAGUGGAUUUUGCGAAAAUCCUCCUUCGUUACACGUAUUUAGAUACAGAUGAAUACGAUAUGUACCUCGAUCGAUUACUGGACCGAGUGAAGUACGGGCAAGGGAUCACGUUUCACGAGUUCAAGACGUUUUGUCAGUUUUUGAAUAAUUUGGAAGACUUCACCAUAGCCAUGAGGAUGUAUACGCUGGCUGAUCAUCCGAUAUCUAAAGAUGAAUUUCACCGAGCCGUAAAAAUAUGUACUGGAAUCGCUCAAUCGGAGCACUUAGUGAGUACAGUGUUCGCGAUUUUCGAUGCGGACGGAGACGGGUUGUUGAGCUAUAAGGAGUUCAUCGCUAUCAUGAAGGACAGACUUCAUAGGGGAUUUAAGUCUUCGGCGAAAAACGAAGGUUGGGAGGCGUUCAAGUCGUGCGUCAAACAAGAAAUGAAGAGCGCAGUUUAAACUAUUAUUUAUAUGCUAACUUAAUGACAACCAUAGUGUAGAAAAAAAUACAUUUUAUUAUUUAUUAAUUUACAUAAGUUGAAGCAAACCUGUGAAACAGGUUAAUAGCGAAAUGAGUUACCGUCUUUAUUUAUUAUUAUGUAAUCUCAGAGAUUAACAAACUAACUUAAUAUUUAGUAUUGUCUUUUGUUAAAAUAGCUUUUACACAUUAAGAAAAACACUUUUUGAACGGA